UAUAAUAUAAUAUAAUAUAAUAUAAUACAGGCCCUCAUCGACCAGCCAUUCAUGCGGAAAGCGGUCGACGAGCUCGCCGCUCCCGACUCCGCCUCGCUGCCGCCCAAGCCCGCAUCGCACUGGGCGGUGGUCUCCGGAGCGUCGGCCCACCCCUACCCGGCUGGCGUCACCUGCUCCCUCGCCGACCAAGGCGGGUGCGGCGCGGUCCUCGAGGCCCGCCGCAAGACCGCCUUCCUCGUCCAGCUCGUCCGGCCGCGCCGCCCCUUGGCCGGCCUCCGGCGAGACGAGCGGAUCGCCCUCGCGCCCGACUGGCUGUUUGGGCGCGGCUGCCUCACGCACGUGCGCCGCCCUCUAUCGCUGCUGCGCGCGGCCCUCCCCUCGUGGGGCGCGCAGGACGAGCAGCAGCGAGCCUCCUGCACGCCGACCGCCGCGCAGCCUGCGCCCGGCGCGGCGGCCGGCGUGCUCGUCGCGACGCACUUUGUGUACUCGAUGGCGGUCAAGCGGCAGCGCGCCUUCGCCGCAUUCGGCUGGAGCCUGGGCGACGCGCGGAACCGCUCGCGCAGCGCGGCGGACGACGACCCUUGCUGGCGCCGCUCGGACACGGCGAUCCUCUUUGGCCACACCUUCUUCGAGCAGUCGCCGAGUAAGACCGUCCUCUGCGCGAUGCCAAAGGACGGCGCGCCCGCAUGCAGCUGCUGCCGAAGCCUCCCGUCGCUGGCGGCGAAGGACUCGGCGCUGCGAGAGAAAGCCCGCGCGGGCGGCUUUGUGCUCGAGUCGUCCAAUCAGCACCGCAUCCGCGUUGACGGCCACUUUUCCGCCAUGGAGGGUUGCAACGACUACCAGCGCUUCUGGGACCGUCGAUAGCAAUGUGUGCACGUCGACGAUAGCAAUAUGUGUCGCGGUCCAAUCGACUCGUUCUUGUUCUGUGCAGCGACAAAAUGAUAAAU